AUGCGGGCACGGCGGCCGUCCGUUCGCCGAGGAAGGAAGAGGACGCGGGCGCGGGACGGGAUGCUGGCCCGGAGGCUGGUGGCCGUCGGCGCGGUGCUGGUGCUGAUGCUGCAGAGCUCUCUGGCCGCUGGAGCUGAGGGAGGUCACCACGAGUCAAUGACACGGGCCGUCAUGCCUCUGGACCCUGCAGCUCCCUCCGACCUCUCAGCCAUCCCCUGGGCUGGAGACACAACUGGAGCGAAAGACAAAAACGCCGGACCCAGACGUUGGCCCGAGGGCAAAGUGUUCGCUGAGGCCCGAGCAGCCGUUUGGACUGAAACAGAAGCAGGAUUGCGCGCUGGGGCGGAUGGCAGAGUUUUUGCAGAGACCUGGGCUGAAGUUGGGGCUGAAUGGAGUCCAGUGGAUGCGGAGAGGGACCGCCUGCCAAUUUUGGACAGCAAUGCUGGUCUGCAAAGCAGAGAAGAGUCGGUGAGCAGCCUGCCAGCCUGGGAUCUCCCCACAGUUCCCGAGUCGCUCCUGGCCACAGUGGGCGACCACGACGUCACACUCCCUGCCAAUGUCACCAGCCCUUUCUCCACCCACCAGUGGAACACCACCAUUCCUGUGCGGACCGGAAACACCUCACGGCACACACCCACAUCAGCCACCACCGUAAACACAUCUCUAUCACCCACCACCACCACCUCAACUUUACCGUUAUCCACCACAGCAAGAGCACGAACACUAUCGGAAUCCAGUACAGUUUCUAACACUACGAGCCAGGACACUGUGACCAAUGAGGGCCUUCAGCUGACCACAGUAACCAUGACGACGCCCUCAACGACCACCCUUACUGUGACCACCGCUGAGAUGACGACACAAGCCGCGACCACUGGGAGCGCUGCUACAACUCAGCCCACAACCACCACAACAACCACACCUGCCACUACCACCACCACCACCACUACGGUCCCCCCAACCACAACAACCACCACCACCACCACCACCACUACUCUUCCCCCCACUACAACAACCACCACACCUGCAACUACUACUACUGCUGCCACCACCACUACUACUACCACUACAACCACCACAACAGAGGCACCUGCCACUACUCUGUUCAUCCCUAUCGAAACCACAUUGCCUCCCACCACGACCACUGAACCUCCGUCCAGUACCAGUGCAGAGGAAGGUCCUCUACCAUGCAACGUGACCGAGAAGUUCUGGGUCAAAACAGUUCUGUCCAUUGAGCUGCGUAGGAACCGCCUGGAUCUGAUCCUGAAACAGAACCUCUCUAAAGGACUGAGCCACGCCCUGCAGAGAGCCCUGAAUGACUCCACAGCCAACGCGCAGGUGGAACACGAAGACUGCGGCCCCCACAAUGUGACGUUGGGUUACUACGUGACCAGCGGCAAGACCGUCUACGUUGCCUCCCUGGUGGUCGAGGCGCUGCAUGUUUACGGUUUUGACAAGCUACUGUCGGACAUCAGGCAGCACACCCCGUUGGUCAAGGCCGUCCUGGUUCCCGUUGCAACCUGGUUGCCCGCUCCGAGCAUCCACCUGCAGCUGAAAACAGUGUUGAGGUUCGUCGGCCCAACAGAUAACAUCUACUCCUGCAGCUUCGUCCAGAUGUUGGAGCAGCGGCUGGAAAAUGCCUUCGACGAGGCUCAGGACAAAGUGCUGGAGACCUACAACAGGCUCACCGUGGAGAUCCAGAGCGUGUCCCAGGAGCCGGGCUCUCCGUCCGUCUCGCUGGUGUAUGUGGUGAAGAACCAGGAUGCCAUUCUCAACGGGACGAUCUCCAGCGGCCUACUCAACCAGCUGACCGCGGAGCUAGUGGGAUACUUCCUGUUCUACCCACCAUUGGUCAUCGCCGAGCCCCUUGAAUACCAUAAUCUGAACACAUCGAUGGCGACCAAGAACUAUUGGGUGAUAACAGUGAUCCAGGAUGUGGAAAGCUCCUCCCUGGAGGCCAACUAUCAGAGCUUUGCCAGCCUGAUGGAGCAGCGGCUGGCUGAGCUCUUCCUGGUAGCCGGCAGGCAGGGCCCUCGGACGGCGAGACCUCGGCGGGCCACCACCGUAGGGAGCUACACUGUACAGAUGGUGAGCAUGCGUCGGCUGCCGGGUCCAAAGAACCCAGCGGAGAUGACCUACUACGCCCAGCUGAACGGGGCGCCCAUCACUGGAUCCAACGCUGCCAAGACCCUCAGCAGUCUGGACUCCCAGACCAUGGCUCUGACACUGGGAUAUUUUGUGCAAGUGCAGGCUGAACCUGUGGUAAAGACGCCGCCCAGCAACCUGUGGAUCAUGGCCGUGCUGACGCCUCUCUUCCUGUUGAUGGUGGUGAUCGUCAUGGUGUCCUUCAUUCUGUGCAAGAGGAACAGGGUCAUCUUCAAGACUGGCGCCUUCAGGAACUUCAAAACACGCUCCAAGACCUCAUAUCGAAGGGAGGGCAGUUACCACCACCAGCCUGUCCAGGGCUUUGACUACGCCAAGAAGCACAUGGGUCGAACCGGUGACGAGGCCGUCUCCGUUACCAAGGAGACGCUGGUGCUGGGGCUGCCUGUACGAGAUGCUCCACUGUCACUGUCAUUGGAUAAGAAGGUCCACCAGGAUGGGACGGCCAGCAAGAGGCCUCCAUCUGCUGACAUACACAAAGGAGGGCGGUUGCCAAGCGAGGAGGACGGCUCGGUGUCAAGUAGCGGCUCCGGGAAGCUGAACACUAGCAAGAGCUCCUCGGCCCGAAGGACGGCGACCGGCAGCAGCAUCAAGAACGGCAAGGAGGAGCUCCACAAGAGGAGCACCAACGACCCGUACGAAGACCAUUCCGGCUCUCUGCGUCUCAUCACCAUCAAACCCAUGACUGCUCAGCCAACCUACUCCUACCCCACCUCCUCAUGUCACAGCCAAGACUCUGUGGUCCUCAACGGGGAGGCAAACCACAGCGGGCUGAAGCAGAAGUCGGACAUCGAGCACUACAGGAAUAAACUGCGGCAGAAGGCCAGGAGGAAGGGCUACGGAGAGUUCUCUCUGUCCGAGAACGGCAGCCACGGCUACAGUCACCGCGAUGCCAGGCUCGGUCGGCACGACAACGGGGUCAAGGAGCCAAUGACCGCUGAGGAGAAGAGGGCCUCCUUCGCAGGAUGUCAUAAGAGGUACUCUCACCCACGGGAGCCAAACUACUGGAGCCGUCAGUCUCUGAGCAGCCAGAGCCCUGUAGAGACGGAGAUGGACCUGCUGGUGCUGAGAGAAAGAUCCAGGAGGGGCAUCCGAAACAACGGCUAUGAUGGCGAGCCGGAACCGUUUGAGGAGACCAACAUGGACCGUCUGAUGAGCUCCCUGGGUUACGGUGGCGGGUCCACCGGCACCGGCAGCCUGGGGGUGAAAGCUCACCGCGGCUCCGACUCCUCCACACUCAGCUCGCAGCCAUCCAUUGAUGAGGUUCGCACUCAGAUGCACAUGUUGCUAGGCAACGCCUUCAGCCUGGCGCCUCCGGACCACGACCCCCCUUCUCCGCCAACCAACCACCACCGUCACCACCACCAUGCCCACAGAGCCUACAACCCGUCCCACACCAGCCACUACAGUGAUGGGGUGACCAGCGCCCCGGGGACCAUGAACCACCCAUGUGGGGGCAGGCAGAGGAGUGCAGGAUACGAGGACAUGCACCAGUGUAGCCUGCCCAAACCGGGUUUCCGGUUCACCCAGCUUCCUGAUAUGGGCAUCGGGUCUCCCCCACCGCUGAUCCCCUCAAGACCAGGACCGCCACCUGGGACCUCAUUGCGACGUUCCACCCCCGAUGUUAGUCUGAAGCCCCGCGUGUCUGAGGCCUCAGACCUGCAGGUCCAGCAGCACAACGGUGCCCCCUACCUGCCGCUGUCCAGGACGCCCUUCCCCGCUGUCACUGUCGACCAGUCCAUCACCACCUACUCAGGAAACCCAAUCACAGCAGUCUACGCUAUAUCUGCCAACCGCCCGGGUUACUCGGACUACUUCGUCAUGUCGCCGCCGUCCUCGUACCGGAGCCCGUCCUGGAUGUCCUACCCACCUGAGCCGGAGGACCUGCCACGGCAGUGGAACGAUACACCGCAAGGAGACAGCUGCGUGCACCCGCGCCCGGUUAUUUGGCAGCAGCCCCCACCACCACCACAGGCUCUUCGUCAACGCCGCACACUGAUCCGGGAACAGCAGCAGCAGCUCCUCUCUCACACCCCCGCUCAGCAGCUCUUCAACGUGGUGCGCCUCUGA